AGAGAAAUCCACUAAGAAUAAUCCAUAGAGUGAUUUUAUUUGAAGAUCUUCAGCUGCACCUUGUUAAUAGAGCUUUGCAUUACCCUCUACGCCUACCAUCUGCAGGAUCUAGGGAAUUAACUCCUUGUGAUAACUGACAUCAAUUUUGAGAAGAGGCUUCAACUGUGAGAAAAUGUCAUUCAAAUUCGGCCAGCAUCUCAUCAAGCCCUCCAUGGUGUUUCUCAAAACAGAAUUAUCUUUUGCUCUGGUGAAUAGGAAACCUGUGGUACCAGGACAUGUCCUUGUGUGUCCACUGCGGCCAGUGGAGCGUUUCUGUGACCUGCGUCCUGAAGAAGUAGCUGAUUUGUUUCAGGUGACCCAAAGAGUUGGAACACUGGUGGAGAGACAUUUCCAAGGGACCUCUCUGACCUUUUCCAUGCAGGAUGGCCCCGAAGCUGGACAGACUGUGAAGCACGUUCAUGUCCACAUUCUUCCCAGAAAGGCUGGAGACUUUCACAGGAACGACAGCAUAUAUGAUGAGCUGGAGAAACAUGACAAAGAGGAAGAAGAUACCCCGGCCUCUUGGAGGUCAGAGGAAGAAAUGGCAGCAGAAGCAGCUGUCCUCCGGGCCUACUUUCAGUAACAAUGGUGUGAAAGUAAUUCAAAUCUCAAGACAUAAGGAAAUGAGCCUCAUUCUCUGACUACACAGCAUUGGAAAUGAAGCUAAGCAAACUUUAUUACAGUCUGCAACCCUUUGCAAAGCAUUUUUUUGGACUUGUGGAAGCCAUUGGAGGUCAUGUUUUAAUCGUGAUGACAGGCUAAUCUUCAAGCAUUGAUGCCCUUCUGCACUUCCCCAGCUCUGUUCUUAAGUAUAGAACCUUUUCCAAAUUGUUCUUUAGCCUCCAUGAAAAUAAAAUGGCAGUUAAAUUUUUUUUUUUAAAGACAAAAGAGAGAAAUGAAUUCACUGUUUCAGAUUCCUCCCAAGCCCCAAAAAACAAAAACUGGACUCCAGAGGCAGCAAAAGUGAGCUUUCAUGGACAACCUUGCAAGAAUGGCACCCAUGCACACAGACAGGUGAACCAGCAUGGAGAAGCUGGGUGCUGUUAUUCCUAACUCACAGGAGUCUCUACCCUGAAGAUCGGAUUGCCACCCCCUCAUCAGAGACCCUGCUAAAUACCCCUCCCAGCACAGCUGUACCUGGGGACUCAUAAUAUCAGCUCUGUUGUGGACAGGAGCCACCUCUCCCUGUGCUUUCCCAAGCCUUGUCCUUGGGAAGCUGUGACCACUUGUGUUCUCUCAAAAAGAGAACAGGCAAGGGACCAGAGCCCCCUCUCUCUGAGCUCCCCCCUCUACACAUAUUUACAAAAGACUCCAUCACCUAUACAAGGGAGCUGGUCUGGUUUCUACUGCCAGAGUGGUCCUUCUCAGAGCAAACAUUCUGCAAU